UUUUGUCAAAAAAGAAAAAAAAAAAACUUUAUUAUUGACAAAAUCUUUUCUUAAUAUAUCCCAAAAAUCACAAUUGCACGAAACUUCCUUUUCACUCUCAUUUUUCUUUCCAAUUUUUUUAAACCCAUCUAAUCCUCCUCAUUUGUGUACUUAUAUAUACCAAACCAAACCCCAAAAAACCCAAAAAAAAAAAACCUCUCUUAAUUUAUUUAUUUAUCUAUCCUCAAAAUUGUUAAAAAUCCACCACAUAGAUGACUGCGCCGCCAUCCAAAUCGCCUCGAACAUGCUCUCAGUGCGGCCACAAUGGGCACAACGCUAGAACUUGCUCGGAACAUUCUGUCGUACCUCCGUCUCAUACGACGGGGUUUAGGCUCUUUGGUGUUACAUUUAACGCCGUAGAUUCCUCUCUGUCUCCUUCUCCUCCAUUUUCUCCGUCGUCGUCGUCGGUAUCAUCGUCAUCGGGUUUUCGAAAGAGUUUUAGUAUGAAUAAUCUUUCUCAAUACGAACAACAACAUCAAGAUCAGCAUCAGCAACAUAUCGAUUCUUCUUCUCAGGAUGUUGUUUCUUCUGGGUAUAAUUCUGAUGAUGCUCUUCAUGCUUCCAGGUCUCGAACCCGUGACCGCGAACGCAAACGAGGAAUUCCAUGGACAGAAGAAGAGCACAGGCUAUUCUUAUUGGGGUUAGAUAAGUUAGGAAGAGGAGAUUGGAGAGGGAUAUCUAGGAACUUUGUCAAGACAAGAACACCAACACAAGUUGCUAGUCAUGCUCAAAAGCAUUUCCUCCGGCAAACCAAUCUCAACCGCCGCCGACGUCGAUCUAGUCUCUUUGACAUCACUACCGACACUGUGAGUCGAUCAGCAAGUGAGAGUCAAUUAUCAAGCCUAGACUCAACUCAACAAACUAUACCAUUUCCAUCUCCUUAUCCUUCUGCAUUCUCAACCAAACAAGGCCGUUCGCUCCCGUUACUUCCGGUCCCGCCUUCCUCAAAGAUGGCAAGUCUUAAUCUAAACCAAUUACCAAUGACGUCAUCACCAUCAUCAUCAUCAACGUCAACCUAUAGUCCUAAAGAAAGGGAAUGUGAGCCAUUGCUUUCUCUUAAGCUCGCACAAGGACCAGGACAAGGACCACCGCUGGAUGAGGAAUCGUCGAGGCGAUCCCCUACCUUUCGAGGAUUCGACGGCAGUAAAGAUAGCAUCAUUAGUGUUGCUUGAAGGAGAAUAAAGGCAAUGGUAAUGAAGAUAAUGAUUAGAUUAAUUUUGUUGGGGUUGUAAAGGGGGGUUGUGAUUGAUUUUUAUAAAAGAACAGAUAAUUUUUUCUAUUAUAUAUCAUAUUACUAGUGCUAUCUAUACAUAUAUUAUAUUAAUCAUAUUAUAAUCAUGUGAUUAGUCAAAAUGCUACAAAGUAUGAUUUUAGACAAGAUUCUGAAAGUUUUUUUUUUUUUUAUGAAGGUGAUUAAGUGAUUCCUUUUGGGUGUACAGGGUAAGAGGUUCUAAGUGAUGAACUAUGUGGAAAUAAUUGAGUGAACAUCAUUUUCUUGAUGUAUUUUUUUUGGGUUUGGAUCCACUUUUUUUUUUGAUAAGGGGGUUUGGAUCCACUUUUAAUUAUGCUUUUUUUUUUUUUGGUAGAAUCGCUUUUUUAUUUUUAUUAUUGUCGUGUCAAAUCCUUACCUUAUGUCCAUAUAUAGUAUUUCCUCCGUUCAUAUUUA